GCACACACAUGUACACAUUGCGAGCCAGUUUAGCUCAAGACUUCAUUCCGUGCACACGACAGCGAGAGCGGGCAAGAUGCAGCGCCUGGCAAGGGUGGUGGUCGUGAUGGUGAUGGUGGUGAUGGUGGCGGAGAUUGUGACGGGGAAGGCAACUGAUGGCCGGCUACAAUUGGACGAGGCUGAAGAGGAGAUACUCAAGCAGCCCCGAGGAAAGCCCGGCGCACUGAAAGGGGGCGUGACGGCCACCUCGAGAGUAUAUCCCCCGCAGAGUGGUGGCGGGGCUGGCGGCGGCUACGGUGGCGGCGGGAACGGAGGCGGCGGGGCUGGUGGCGGGUUUGGUGGCGGCGGGACCGGUGGCGGCGGGGCUGGUGGCGGGUUUGGUGGCGGCGGGACCGGUGGUGGCGGGUACGGUGGCGGCGGCGGCUACGGUGGCGGAUAUGGCUGUUCCUGCGCCGACCUGGAGGCUCUGGCGGCGCAAGUGACGGUCUUCGAGGAGGAGGUGAAGGGCGUGGCGGCGCUGGAGAAGAAGCUCACCCUCGUCGCGGCGGCCAUCAAGCAGCUCGGCGCCUGGGUCAAUGAAGGUGUGCGCGGCCCUCAAGGCCCCGAGGGCGAGACGGGGCUGCCGGGUCCCCUGGGCGAGCGGGGGGACGCGGGAGAGACGGGGGCCGACACCCAGCACGAGAGGACAGGAGUGCCCGGCCCCCCGGGGUACCCAGGAACCUCAGGGAUCCGCGGGAACAAGGGGGAGGAAGGGGACUGCAUCAAGGGGCACAAGGGGGCACGGGGCCGCAAGGGGGACGCCGGGGUAGGCUCGCCAGGUCGAAGGGGCUCCCCUGGGCCCCCGGGGGUGCCGGGGGAGCCCGCCAGGCAGCUGGUGGAGCCGGCCUAGGCCCCUCGUGGCCCAGGCCGGCCCCCGGGGACGUGUGGCUGGCUUUGCUCUACGCCUGCAGGCCCUCGCGUGUGUCUUGAGGCUCAUGCGUACGUACACGAGCCUCGUGUGUACGGACUUCAAGGUUUCUACCACUCACUGUGUACUUUUUAGAGGACCAUGUGCACAUCCUUAACUUGGUGUGCACUUUUGAUGUAUGCUUGUGUACGUGUAGUAAAGUGCUCAUCCAA